GCGCACGCAGCCAGUCCUCUCUCACAUACACACGCGCGCACACGCACGCACGCACGCCCGCACGCGCGCGCAGACUGGUGCGUCGGGAAGCCGCGCGACUGCCCCGCGCGCUCGCUCGGUGGCGGGCGAUACACACGCGGAGAAGCGGCGGAGAGCGAAGCGCCAGGUGGUCUAAGGUUCGAUCGGAUUCCCGCAGCGAAGGUGUCCAGGAACCGCUGGGAGAAACAGGGUCAAGAUGAAGGUACGAUUACUGGCACUUGCUUACAUAACAUCUCUUUGGUGGGAGUUGACGUUGGGGACAUGGGAGCUGUGUGAGGAUCCGCCAGCGAGCUCCCGGCUCAACCUCUCGGUGAGGUACAAGCUGCCCAGCUUCACCGCGGACGCCCCCAUCCAGAACCUGGUGGUGUUUGGUGGGCGCGUCUAUGUGGGCUCUGUUAACCGGAUUUACUCACUGAGCGAGAACCUACAGGAAGAGUCGCAAUACAAGACGGGGCCUGUUGUGGAGAACCCUCACUGUCCCCCAUGUCAAGAUUGUGGAGAUAAAUUCAGUGCCUCAGCAAGCAUUAAGGACAACAUCAACAUUGGCCUGUUAGUAGAGACCUUCUACGAUGAGGAGCUCUUCAGCUGCGGCUCGGUCGGCGGUGGAGUUUGUCAGCGUUACGUUCUUGAUGGCCGUCUGCAGGAUGCCGAGGUGGAGUGCAUGUAUUCUCCCAAAGCCAACAGUGAGCAGCAAGGCUGCCCUGACUGCAUCGUCAGUCCCAUGGGGGCGCGCAUCCUCAGCAUCGAGAGCGGCGGCGUCGUCCGCUUCUUUGUUGGGAACACCGUGAUGCCCUCGGCACCCUGGCCAGCCAUCUCUAUUCGGCAAAUGAAGGAAACGCAGGACGGCUUCCGCUUCUUCUCCGAGCAGUCCUUCAUGGGCUUGGCACCACAGCUGCCACAGGAGUACCUGCUCAGAUACCUGUAUGCCUUUGAGAGCGGCCCGCAUGCCUACUUCUUGACCGUACAGCCUGAAGACCGCACCUCCCGCGCCCACCACACCCGCAUCGUGCGCACGUGCUCGUCGGACCCGGAGCUGCGGCGCUAUGCCGAGCUCCCGUUUGAAUGCAUCCUUACUGAGAAACGCCGACGCCGCGCUGCCAAGGUGGAGGUCUUCAACAUCCUGCAGGCCGCCCAUGUGGCCCGUCCAGGCACAGCCCUCCGGAAAGAGAUGGGCUUGGAAGAGGCCGAUGUGGUGCUGUUUGCCGCAUUCGCCCGCAGUCAGCCAAACUCUCCAGAGCCCACCGCCAGCUCAGCCGUCUGCAUCAUCCCUAUCCGAGAUGUCAACAUAUUCUUCAAGGACUUCAUCCAGAAGUGCCACACGAGGCAGCCGUACCACUUCAAAGGCUCUGAGGAGAAGCGCUGCUACAACUUGAGCUCGACGGACGACUCGUCCAGCUGCGGCAGGCACGGCGCCGGCUACCAGCUGGAGGUGACCAGCACCAUGACGCGCCUCGACUACUUCGCCGGCCAGUUCUCCAAGAUGCUGCUCACCUCGAUCGCCGUCUUUCCGGUGGGAGAGCAGACCGUGGCCACCCUGGGGACCUCCGAGGGCAGGGUCAUCCAGGUCCUGGUUUCCCGCUCCCGACAAAGGACAGCCCACGUGGACUUCCAGCUGGACACACAGCCCGUGUCCCCGUCGGUGGCCCUGCUGCCCCACCAGGCACAAGACAGCUCCCUAUUGUUGGUGACAGGAAACAAGAUCACUAAGGUCCCCCUUGCGGGCCCAGGGUGCGAGCAGCUGUGGUCCUGCAGUUCCUGUCUCCUGGCUCCAGGGUUCAUGGGCUGCGGCUGGUGCCACAACCGCUGCUCCAGGUCCAGAGAGUGUGCCGGCUUGUACUGGACCCAGGACUCCUGCCCCCCUAUCAUAUCCACGAUUUCCCCGACUCACGGCCCUGUGGGGGGUCACACGAAGAUCACCAUCUGUGGCAGAGACUUUGGCUUCAACAGGAGCGAGCGGUUUGACGCAGGGUUGGUCAGCGUUGAAGUCGGCGGGCGGCCGUGCACUCUGGACGUGAAAGAAAGCAGCAGCCAUCGGUUGGUUUGCGCUCCGAGCGCCUCGAACGCGCACGGCGGCAUUAGUGUCGUGAGGGUGUACAGCGGACACAGUGCGGCGCACAAAGAAGGGUUCUCCUUUGUGAACGCAGCCAUCAGAGAGAUCUUCCCUGCGUUCGGGCCUAAAUCCGGGGGAACGAUGCUGACUGUCCAGGGAGAUUUUCUGGACAGCGGCAGCAGGAGGCAGGUCACCAUCGGCAACGCACUGUGCCAGCUGCAGAGCAUCUCCUCCAGCAUGCUGACGUGCAGGACCCCACAACAGGCGUCCCUGGCUCAGCACCCUGUGAGGCUCAUCAUCGACUCUGCAGAGCUCCAGGCACCCACCCUGUACACUUACAAGGAGGACCCCUUCAUUGAUCACAUCCAGCCCUCGCGCUCCUUCAUCAGCGGAGGAAGCACGCUGUCCGCAUACGGGGCCUACUUAGAGUCGGCGCUCCAGCCCCUGAUGAUGGUCGCCCCGGCCCAAGAGGGGAAGGUGUUCCAAGUGACCUGCACGCUCAGCGAGAACAAACACGCCAUCCUGUGCACAACCCCAUCACUCAAGGAUCUGAGCCUUCAGCCUCCUGUGGUAACCAAGGUCUCCUUCAUCCUGGAUGGCUUCUCCACCAAGCAGUUCAACUUAAUGUAUGUGGAGGACCCCAAGUUUGAGGAGUUCGAGAAGCCAACGGUCACCUCGAAAGGCAACAGGAACAUUCUGGAGAUCAAGGUUCCGCGUGUGGACCUUGAGGCCGUCCAGGGCGAGGUGCUGCGGGUGAGCAACCGCAGCUGCGAGAGUGUCCUCUUGGUAGGCAACACGCUGGAGUGCACGGUGCCCACGGAGCUCAGGGCUGCCACACGGGAGCUGGAGGUGGAGUGGAAACAGGCAAGCUCCUCGGUCAUCCUAGGGAGGGUGGCAUUGGCCCAGGGACAGGACUACAGGGGCCUCCUGGGGGGGGUCUUCUCUGUGAGCCUCAUCCUCCUCCUGCUGCUGGCUGUCUUUGCCUGGAUGAGGAAGAAGAAGCGCAUCGAUGAUUUAGCCUUGGGAAUGGUUUGGCGUGAUGGACGGGCACGUAUCCCACACCUGGACAUGUUGGCGAACGCCAGGAGUGUGAGUCCCACAAACGAAAUGGUUUCCCACGAGUCCGUGGACUACAGGACCACGUUGCUGGAGGACCAGAGUCCUCCGGUGUCCCAGGCCGAGUCCUGCCGGCUGCCCCACCACGGCCACUCUGAGCUGUCCGCCAUGCUCCUGGGGCCCGAAAGGGACGCUGCGGCGCCCCUGCUGCCAGACGGCGUGCAUGUGGAUGUGGCCGGCCUCCAGCCUGAGCUGCUCUCCGAGGUCCAGCGUGUGGUCAUCCCUCGGGAGGACCUGCUGCUGCACCUCAACGAAGUCAUUGGCAGAGGACACUUCGGAUGUGUCUUCCAUGGGACCCUGCUGGACAAGGAUGGUGUGAAACUUCACUGCGCCGUCAAGUCCCUCAACCGUAUCACUGACAUCGAGGAGGUGUCCCAGUUCCUGAGGGAAGGCAUCAUCAUGAAAGACUUCAGCCAUCCCAAUGUGCUGUCACUCCUGGGCAUCUGCCUGCCCUCCGAGGGAUCCCCCCUGGUGGUCUUGCCCUACAUGAAGCACGGGGACCUGCGCAACUUCAUUCGGGACGAGAUGCAUAACCCCACCGUCAAGGACCUCAUGGGCUUUGGACUCCAGGUGGCCAAAGGCAUGGAGUACUUGGCCAGCAAGAAGUUUGUGCACAGGGAUCUGGCGGCCAGGAACUGCAUGCUGGACGAGAGCUACACGGUGAAGGUGGCUGACUUUGGCCUGGCGCGGGAUGUCUACGAGAAGGAGUACUACAGCGUGCACAACAAGAGCAGCGUCAAGCUCCCGGUCAAGUGGAUGGCCUUGGAAAGCCUGCAGACACACAAGUUCACAGCCAAAUCUGAUGUGUGGUCCUUCGGCGUGUUGCUAUGGGAACUAAUGACGCGGGGAGCCCCGCCCUACUCUGACGUGAACUCCUUCGACAUCACUGUAUUCCUGCUGCAAGGGCGCAGGCUGCUGCAGCCGGAGUUCUGUCCUGACCCACUGUACAAUGUCAUGAUCGACUGCUGGCACCCCAAGGCGGAGCGGCGUCCCACGUUUUCGGAGCUGGUCUCCAGGAUUUCCGCCAUCUUCUCCAGCUUCAACGGGGAGCACUACGUCCUGCUGAACACCACCUACGUGAACAUCGACAAGAUGGCGCCGUACCCCUCGCUCAUUUUCUCCCAGUGCCAGGCGGACAGGGAGUGCUGCACCUGAUGGAGGGGCUCGGGGGUGUCGAGGAUGGGGCGUCCCAUCAGCGCGGCCCGCUUUGCUCCACGUUGGAUACGCACCGAUCUUCGCAUCCUGCUUCAGGAGCAGAAGCUCUGCUGGGACCGCAAAUGGAGAACUGGGCACCGGUGCCCAGGCCAGCUGAGUACAUGACUCAAGGACACUGCUGACAAUGCGGUAAAUCCCACCCGCUGUCCUCUUAUGCGUUGACUCGCGUGGGCUUGGCACGCAGCUGCCAACGAGGACCACGCGCACGUCAGAGCCGUGCUCUGGCGAUCACCUGGUGUUGAGCCUCCUUAGUCCCGUCACCAUCGCUCUCGUCCCUAGUACCGCGGUACUGAUUCGUCGGGCUGCAAGCGCUACAGUGGAGGAACCUUUCCGUAGCACGGGACUCAC